ACACAAUUCCAUAUAUCCCAUGGCAAGGUUUUAGAUGUUUGCAUAUGGCAGAAUUUUUCAAGAUUAUUCUUGUUUCGUUUUAGUGCCUAGUACGUGCCAGGUACUUCAAUAAGUAAGUAGUUCAGCGUGAGUUCAGGAAGCAGCUCAGUAAGUAAGGGGUAAGCAAAGUUCAGAUUAUGAAGACCUUAAGCUGGUUCUGGCCUGAGGGUCUUGGUACACAUUAUCUGGAACACUCUGUCAUAUUACUGACUUCCUUCAGACUUUACAUCAAAUGUCCUCUAAGUUCUCUUAACCCCUCCUAAAAUAAUCCAACCCUUUCCUGCAUUUUCCUGGUUACCCUGCCAUAGUGAUCCCGUUUGUUUUAUAACAGUCAUUUUGAAAUUUCCUUUAUCAUUUGGAUUGUUUCCCAUAUGAUCCUUACCUCCCCACUUCCCACUUACUGCCCCCUUGUCAAAAAAGACUACAAGUUCAGUAAAGAUCAGGACCUUAUAUUAUUCAGCAGUAUAUCCUGGAGCCCACCUGGCUAAUAAUAGAAAGCACUCAAUAAAAUCUUGAAUUACCAAACAGGUUAAUACCCUUUGGCGUGGCAGUGCCAAUUGUGAGCAUUUCUCCUGGGGAGAUAAAAUGGACAAACUGCAUUGCCCAACAACGUGGAAUUCGCUGUAAAUUUUUCAAUAUCCAUAAAAUUGAAUACUACAACAUAAUUACAUAGAUGAAUAUUAGCCAAGACACACUUCUGCUCUGCUUGAUUAAAUGAACGAGUGAGUCACAACGUAUUACACAGCAUUUCUCUAUUACUGUUUUGAAAGAUAAAACAGCUGUGCAUGGGGAAGGAUUCCUAAGAAUUUAUACCAAUACGUUAACAGUUAUUAUCUCUGGGUGGUAAAAUUCAAGGUCAUUUUUAUUUUCUUGUUGAUCCAUAGUGUUAAUUUUUCCUCUGCUAAUCAACAUAUUAUUUGAUUUGUCAAGUUAUUUAUACGUUUUAAAUGCAUAUUCUUGAUAAACCUUUUUUUUUAAAUAUCAGCUUUCUUUCAAAAACAUUUCAGUAGCAUUCAUGUUAACAAUGGAGCUAACUUAAUGAGCAUCAGAGCUGCUGAUACCUCUCAACCCUAAAAAUAUUAAAAUUUGGAAUGAAAAAAUGGAUAAUUUAACUACAGAACUGCUAUUUUUUGAGUUUCUGUAGUUGUAGAUAAAGUAGUAAACUCUGGAGGCAAGAACCUGGGAAAAUGACUUUGUCUGUUGGAGCCUAACUUCCAGCAAGCCCUGUGGCCUCACAGCGUGGUGAACUUUGAAUAGCAUGGGCAAAAUACACAGUUUUGUAAAGCAUUAGGUGUCACGCAACUCCAAGAAAUAGGAAGUUGACGCUGGAAUGGAAAAUGAUGACACCGCAGUUCAGUAUGCAAUUGGUCGUUCAGAUACUGUUGCCCCUGGCACAGGCAUUGACCUGGAAUUUGAUGCAGAUGUUCAGACUAUGUCCCCAGAGGCUUCUGAGUAUGAAACAUGCUAUGUCACAUCACAUAAAGGACCAUGCCGUGUAGCUACCUAUAGUAGAGAUGGACAGUUAAUAGCUACUGGGUCUGCUGAUGCUUCAAUAAAGAUACUUGACACAGAAAGGAUGUUGGCCAAAAGUGCCAUGCCAAUAGAGGUCAUGAUGAAUGAGACCGCACAACAAAAUAUGGAAAACCACCCAGUGAUUCGAACUCUUUAUGACCAUGUGGAUGAAGUCACGUGCCUCGCUUUCCACCCCACAGAACAGAUCCUGGCUUCUGGUUCAAGGGACUAUACUCUUAAAUUAUUUGAUUAUUCCAAACCAUCAGCAAAAAGAGCCUUCAAAUACAUUCAGGAAGCUGAAAUGUUACGCUCCAUCUCUUUUCAUCCUUCUGGAGACUUUAUACUUGUCGGAACUCAGCAUCCUACUCUUCGCCUUUAUGAUAUCAACACCUUUCAAUGUUUUGUGUCUUGCAAUCCUCAAGAUCAACACACCGAUGCUAUAUGUUCCGUUAAUUACAAUUCUAGUGCCAAUAUGUACGUAACUGGAAGCAAGGACGGCUGCAUCAAAUUGUGGGAUGGUGUUUCAAAUCGAUGCAUCACAACUUUUGAAAAAGCACACGACGGUGCUGAAGUUUGUUCUGCCAUUUUUUCCAAAAAUUCUAAAUACAUUCUCUCAAGUGGAAAAGACUCUGUAGCUAAACUUUGGGAAAUAUCAACAGGACGAACACUGGUCAGAUACACGGGCGCGGGUUUAAGUGGACGCCAGGUGCACCGAACGCAGGCUGUGUUUAACCACACUGAGGACUAUGUGUUGCUGCCCGACGAGAGGACGAUCAGUCUUUGCUGCUGGGACUCGAGAACAGCUGAGCGGAGAAACCUGCUCUCACUGGGGCACAACAACAUUGUACGCUGCAUAGUGCACUCCCCCACCAACCCCGGCUUCAUGACGUGCAGCGAUGACUUCAGAGCGCGGUUUUGGUACCGGAGAUCGACCACCGAUUGAGCCGCCCUCUCCGUAGGGUUCUUUCUCGAGGACUCUGCCCUCCCCCCACGUCCUGUCUCAGCUGCAGUCGUAAGUCAGUGCACCAUCCUUGGCAGUUUUGCUGCCACCUCUGUCCACAUCUUUCUUGGAUUUGUAUAAAAGAAUCUUUUUUUACCUUGAUGUACAAUCAUGGUGGAAAAAGCUGGAAACACAGAUCUGUGCAGUUCUACAUUCACUGAUUAUUGCAGUGUGAUUUUCAUCAGUUUUGUAAAUACAGGACUUGCCGUUUCUUUUGAUCUCUUGAUUGAAGAAGGAUAGGGUAUUAAAGUGCUUUUGUCAUGAGGAAUUUUCAUUUGGUUCUUUUGUCAACUUUCUUGCUUGUCCUGCUAAAAACCCUCUGUGUAUUUCCAUUCCAGAUAUAUUUGAACAGAUAAGUAGGCGUGCAGCUCUGAGACUCCAGAGUUUUAUGCCAUAUCAAAAGCAUUUUCAAGAAUCCCUCAAUUCUAUCCUGAAAUGAUGUUAUUCUGAUAAUAAAGCUCAGAUCUGCAACUUUA